CUUAUCACCUGAUUUUGUUUAUUAUUUUGUGUAGGUAUUUCUCUAAAUAAUUGUUACGGUAAUAUGAAUUAGUAUGUUAUUAAUUUGUUUUUAAGUUUGUGGAAGCAAGCAAUGACUGGUAGAUCUAGUAGGUGAAAAAUUUAUUCAUCGGGCAAACUUCCCAGCAGCUGGCCACAUUCUCGCUGUCUCCGAUUCAGCAAGCAUGUGGGUGCCCAACCUGCCGGUGACGAUCAUCAGCGCCGUGGCGGCCAGCGCGGGCGCCGCUUGCAUUUACAAAGACUUCCACGGCGGCCCGCCCUACGACCGCGACGUGCGAGCUGACGGCAAGAGCAAGACGGUGGUGAUAACUGGCGCCAACUCCGGCAUCGGGAAGGAGGCGGCAUGGGAGUUCGCCAAUAGAGGCGCCAAGGUGUUCAUGGCAUGUCGCGACAUGGAGAAGUGCGAAGCGGCGCGUCGUGAGAUCGUGACGGAGACCAGGAACAAAUACGUGUACUGCCGGCCCUGCGACCUGGCCAGCACCGCCUCCAUACGCCAGUUUGUGGAGAGGUUCAAAUCGGAGGAGCCGCAUAUCCACGUGUUAGUGAACAACGCCGGCGUGAUGGAGCCUCCCACACGGGUCACCCGCGACGGCUUCGAGACGCAACUGGGAGUCAACCACAUGGGGCACUUCUUGCUGACGAACCUGCUGUUGGACACACUGAAGGCGUCAGUCCCGAGCCGCGUGGUGGUGGUGUCUUCAAGCGCGCACUACAAUGGCCACAUUCACAAGGAGGACCUCAACUUGACUCGUAACUACGACGCGCGCGCCGCCUACGCGCAGAGCAAGCUCGCGAAUGUUCUGUUCGCGAGGGAACUGGCCAAGAACACGCUCGACGCGGGCAUAUCCGUCAUAGCCGUGGACCCGGGCCUGACGGACACGGCGCUGACACGCCACCUGCCCAUGACCAGGAGCCUGACGCGCUACCUGGUGUACCCGGUGUUCUGGCCCGUCAUGAAGACGCCCAAGAUCGGUGCACAGGUCAUCCUGCAUGCUGCACUGGAUCCGAAGCUGAGGCGAUGCGCGGGAGACUACUAUGUAGACAUGAAGCCAGUGGAGCCUUCGAAGGAGGCGCAGGACUUCGAGUUAUCUCUCUGGCUGUGGCGCGUCAGCGAGAAGUGGACGCGCCUGCGCGAGCAGCCUGCGCAACCCGCCGCCGCGUGAGCUUGAUCUUGAGACUCGACUUAUCUUGUGAGAUCCACGAUUUUUCUUUUUCUUUUUUUAUGGCCAUGACUUGGGUUUUGGUAACCUCGAUUUCGCCAAUGUCAGAUGUGCUCAAAAUGUUAACAUUGGCACACAAUAUCGGUAACAAUAUCCCAGCAUUAGACUUUCACUGCUACACGACUGAAAGAUAACUUCUAUUAAUUAAAAAAAAACUUUGGUACAUUAUUUGGUAUAGAUGAACUACACUUAACCGUCCCACCCGUGACAUUGACAGGGGGGCGCCAUCGUCAAUACCGGAUCGCUGGUUCCAAUUUUUGCCACGUUGGAAAACACUAAAAUAUCAUUUGCAGGAGGGCCCUGCCUUCAAUGACGGGUUACUAUUUCCUAUAUUUGCCAUUUGACGUUUCAAAAUCAUGCAUUCAAUUACAUGCAUGAUGUAAGAUAAUGUAGAAUAACUGUCAGCCUCUUCAUAAUAUUUUUUUAUAGAUCACUGUUUUAAGUGAUCUUAGAUCAAUGAGGUAUCUUGCGUCGGAUCAACGAAGUAAAAAUGAUCCGAGUCUCAGGUUAAAAAUAUCAGGUUAUUUAAAUUAAAUGCUACUGUCUGAUGGAGCAAGUGUUGUUGAACAAAGUUGGUUUCGUUUUAGAUAUAAGCAUUUGUGUGCAUUUAUUUAGUUGUUGUUAGUUAUUUAAUAAAAAAAUAAAACAAAAAUUAUUAAUAAUAUAAAA